AUGUUUGGUAAGUCAACAUACCCAGCGUUAGAAGAACUUCAAGAACUGCUUUCAUCUGAGCAAUUACGGAUUUUAAAAGACCAGGUGGAAUCAGAAGGGCAGGAUCCAGCUCCACAGUCACAAUUCAAUUAUGCAUGGGGUUUGAUUAAAUCGUCAAACUAUAAAAUGCAACAACAGGGAAUAAGCAUAUUAUCCGAACUAUACCGUGAUGUUCCAUCAAUGAGACGAGAAUGUUUAUAUUAUCUAGCCUUAGGCUCUUACAAAAUUGGAGAUUACAGCAAUGCUACGAGAUACGCAGACACACUCUUGAAGAAUGAACCAGAGAACAAGCAAGCACAGGACUUGAAGAAAUCUAUACAUGAAAAGGUGACGCAGGAAGGUUUGAUAGGUAUAGGUAUUGCCGGAGGUGCCCUUGCUGUAGGAGUCGGUAUUCUCGGUGCAUUAUUGAGGAAGAAACGUUAG